AUGGUGGACACUACACACAUCAUCAAACGAGGCAUCAUCCGAUACCCUCGUGAUCGCACCCCACCGCUCGAACGCUACAAGCCCAGAAAAGGACGCCUCAUCACUGGUGGUCGUAAGCCAGCACCACCUGCAGAACUCAUCACUAGCAACGCAGUCCCUCCCACCAUCAUCACUCCACAGCCAGUGCGACCCAUUCCUAACUUCACCAAGGUCAGCACAGCGGCACGCCCCAUUCGUCCUCUCCCAUCCAGAGUCAGACUGACUCUACACAUCGAGACCCUCAAGAAGCAGGUCAAUGCCACUCACUUCAGGCUGCAACCCUUACUAGGAGCCUAUUGGGAACGACUCGACAAAGACCGUCGAAAACAGCUCCAGCUCAUUUCCUGCGAGCUCGACAAGGUCUGCGCUGACCUCUACACCGGCACUCGAGAAUACACAUUCAUCGAGAAACAAGUCGUCAACACGGUCUGCCUGGAACUAGGAAGGCACAUGAUGGAAGCACCCCUCGUGCCUCCAGACCACCAUUACCUGGGCUCGAACCCCGGGACUCCACAUCACAGGUUGGAGGACUGUCGUCCCCAACUCCCUCACUCCUCCCCGCCUACAUACCUCCCACAUGGUCAUACGACAGACACCAAUAUGAGCGUCUUGAGGACGCCAUCAGACAGUCCGCACCUGGCAAAGUACCCGACAAUAUUCGCGAAUGGGUAA